AUGAAAAUCAAUGCCUGGAAACGUAGCGAGUGUUCUAAAAUGAGGGACGAAUUUAAGUUUGUCUCAAGUUUCAACGAAUGGCAAGAAGCUAGAAUAUUCCCACAAUACAUUGAUGAGUCUUGUGCCAUUAAAGAUGAUUACGAGGAGACCAUACCCCCCAACCUCUGUACCGCAACUGAGCGCAACUUGGUGUCUCAUGGACAGUUCCAGCAACCGCCACCAGAUAGCAACUUGAAUUCCGGUGCCUGGAUGACCAAGUGGCGUAAUAGGACUGUAGUGAAGUUCUCGCGAGGUUCAGGAAAACAGCGCGAGGAUUACGUUUGUGGUAACAUGGGCGGCGUGCGUAAGGUGGAGUCGUCCAAGUGUGGAAGGAGACAGAAGUGCGCGCAUGGGAUCGAGUCUUUGCUGAUAGCUUUAGAGUACAUCGAGAUGCAGGAGAGGCUGCAGCAGAAACUGUUCGAAAACAGCACUGAGAUACCUCCUAAGUCAACGGAAUGA